AUGCAUCUCUUCUCCGACCGUGGCACUCCAUACUCAUACCGCCACAUGAACGGUUAUUCAGGUCACACCUACAAACUAACCAAGCCUGACGGCACAUUCAACUACGUCCAAAUUCACUGCAAGACCGACCUUGGCAGCAAGACCUUUACCAAUGCUGAAGCGGGCAACAUGGCUGCGGAAAAUCCUGAUUGGCACACACAAGACCUCUUUAACUCCAUCCAAGACAGCGAUUACCCAAGCUGGACCUGCUAUCUCCAGGUCCUCAGCCCUGAACAAGCGGAGAAUUUCCGGUGGAACAUCUUCGAUUUGACCAAGGUUUGGCCGCAAAAAGAUGUUCCACUAAGGCCCUUUGGUCGAUUCACCCUCAACAGAAAUCCAGAGAAUUACUUCGCGGAGAUCGAGCAGGUGGCAUUUUCCCCUAGCCAUAUGGUUCCUGGCGUCGAACCUUCUGCAGACCCCGUCCUACAAUCGCGCCUUUUCUCAUAUCCAGACACCCACCGCCAUCGCCUCGGCGUGAACUAUCAGCAAAUCCCCGUCAACCAACCUCUCCGUGCAUUCAAUCCCUAUCAGCGUGACGGCAUAAUGGCAGUCAACGGCAACUACGGCGCUAACCCCAAUUACCCAUCCACCUACCGAAACAUGACAUACAAACCGGUGAAGCCUAGCCAAGAGCACGAGAAGUGGGCGGGUGCGGCAGUAGCCCAACAGCUCCCGGUCACUGAAGAGGACUUUGUGCAGCCAGCAAUGCUUUGGGAGGUGCUUGGGAAACAAGAAGGCCAGCAAGACAACUUCAUUGGCAAUGUUGCCGGGCAUCUAAGCGCGGCGAAGCCAGCCGUCCGGCAAAGGACUUAUGAAAUGUUCACCAAAAUAAACAAGGUCCUCGGCAAAAGGAUCGAGGAAGCUACUGACCCAUUAUCACGGCAUCCACAGAGCCAGGCUGCUGGCAAUGCCCAAGCGAGACUGUAG